AGGAUGCUCACUUCUAUCGGCGGAAGCCCACCGCUAGAGGCCGGGGUGAUGGUUGGAGUGAGUCACUGAACCUCCGGAACUGGUUCCGUUCUUGCACUCGACUUCUGGCCCCCUCGCGCCAUUGAUACCUUACGUUUCACCUCAUCGCAUGCACUUCUCCACAGUCUACUUACGUAGUAGUCCCUGUCACGUGUUCCGCCGCACAAUGUCCACCACCGCCGCCACCGCCUCGAAACCAACCCUAAACCCCCGCACCUUUCCCCGCCCUCCCCUCUGCGAGCCCACUGCCCGCCAUCUGCAGAUCAAGUGGAAUGACCACACCAUCGCGGAAACAAGCUCCGCCUACUGGGUGCUAGAAACGCAUCACCCACCCACCUACUACCUGCCCCCCUCCUCGCUUAAGAUUCCACUACAGAAGACGUCUAACAGCUCUUUCUGUGAGUGGAAAGGUCGGGCGACGUACUACGCUGUCCAGAAGCCUGGGGGUGAGAAGGAGGGAGAAGGGGAGGUAGUGAGGAAUAGGAUAUGGAGUUAUGAGAGUCCUACUAAAGGGUUUGAGGCGCUUAGGGGGUAUUUGAGCUUCUAUGCAGGACCGUGGGAUUGUUAUGUCGAUGGGGAGAAGGUGGAGCCGCAGCCGGGGGAUUUUUACGGUGGGUGGAUGACUAGUGAUAUUGAGAGGAGUACGGUGAAAGGUGGGCCGGGGACUUGGGGGUGGUAGAGUGCGGGUAUGGCAGUACAGCAGAUACAGCAGUACAACGGGAAAUAUUCUGCUUCGGCUGCACUUAAUGCCGGUUGCUUGUACACGCCAGACGGUUAUGGAUGACCGUCUAUUUCUUCGCCGAAUCCGCCUCCUCGGCCUUCUGCUUGGCCCUCUUCUCCCUCUUCCCUACCAACCGCGCCUCACUUCGGGCAUCUCGCAGCUUCCGGUACGC